UAGGUUCUUUGUCAGUGUGAGAGUUCAUAAAUCUCCUCAUCACCAAUGGCGGGAAAUCUAGUGAGCUGUAAAUAAACCGACAGCAGAAGAAGAAGAGAACACGCGGUGAUUGGACAACGGGCUGUGUAGAGACACGCUGUGAUUGGUCUGCGGGAUGAAUAAAGACAUCAUGGCGGCUGGUCGCUGGGCCAUCGUCGCCCCAAAGAGCGGUUCGAAGGAGAACGUUGAUAAACCGAGGAGUGAAAUGUUUCAGGCGCGUAGAGGCGCUCGGCCCAGUGUCUCUGCUGCCGCUGGUGUUUCACCCGAAGAUAAAGCUAAUUGCGGAAGUUUGCCUUCUGACUGAGGAACUGGAACUUCGAGUUAAGCUAACAUGCUAACUUGCAGCCCCCGGACGAGCCGGUGUUCCCUGGACUGACUGAACCCGGACCAGCCGGUCUUCCCUGGACUGACUGAAGCAGCAGUAAACCUGUGCUCCUCCUCUCAAUGUAGGAACCAUAGACGUCCUGCUGUGGACUCUGCAGGACCAGGAUCUGUGUGAUGCGACUGAUGGGAUCCACCUCUCUGACCUGCUGAAGACGGAGCUGUGAUGUCAGACCUCCAACCUGAGGACGGUGAGUGUCACAUCACCUGUGUAUGUGUGAUGUCACAGAGUGGACCAGUGUUGCUGGGAGAUGAUGUAAACAAAAGGCCGAAUUGUAGCCCCCCCCCUCAGGCAGUGUGUUCUCAGAGGGGGGGCCCUGACAAAGACUGACCGAAGCGUUUAUCUGAUCCCAGAGCAGCUGACUCCAGACGGUCACAUGACUCUGACAGCUGCUCCUUCACUGAAACUUCACGUCCACUUACUGAGUUUAACUCUGCAGCAGUUAGACCGAGGAUGGGACCUGAGUCUGCGCUGCUCCAGCUACUGAAGGGAGUUGGGUUCCCUCCUCAGGGCUACAGGCUAGUGCUGUUAGCUUUUAGCCCUGUUAGCUGUCAGCUGUGCUAACUCAGCUUUUACCACCUUCACCUCUGGGUGGGCGUUUGUCAGUUUCCUUAUGUGUCGAUCAUCUAAGCAAGUUUUCUCAGCUGCCAUUAAAACUUACUGAGGUCACAUGAUCUUAUGUGCUGGAGGAAACAGAGUUAAAAGCUCUGGAGGAUCUGGUGUGUGAUCCUGUAGGUGAGACCUGGAUCAGCUACAGCGUCCUGAGGAGAGGAGAGACGGAGGUUUCCUGUCUGUACUCUACACUGAUGGUCAGUGACAGGAAGUGACAGACAGCAGACUGCCAAAAUAAAACUCCUUUAUACUGUCAGGUGUUUGUGGAGCAGAUUUAAUUGAUCAUUUUCAGUGUGUUUAUUGAUCAGGACUCUGAAGGUUUAACAUUAAACUGUUCACCUGCUCUGCUCAGUUAUUAAUGAUCCUUCAUGGAAACAUUCAUAUGAAAUAAAAGAUAAACCUGCUUUCUCUCUGUGUGAUUUUACUUCAUGAGAACAAAGACAACAGAAUCUUUAAACUGAUUAAUAAAACUUUACUCUGUGAGGAGGUUGACAGUAACUAAGUACAUUUACUCAACUACUGUUCAGAAGUAUUUGUUCUUCAGUGAAUUUUCUGUUGUUUUUCUACCUGUUCUCCGUCAGACAGAAGUGUUAGAGUUACAGUUAACCCUGCUGCAGAAACUGCCUGUUUUCACUGCACAUUUUAUACUCUGUGCCUGUAACUGCAGUACUGUGUGAGUUACUUUUACUACUGUAAAGGCUUCAUCACUGCAUCUUCUGAAAAAAAACAUUAACAGACUCCAAAAUAUGACUGUUCUUCUUAUUAUUAUUAUUAGGAAUUGUACUUCUGCGAUCGGAGUAGUAGUAGUAGUAUUGUUGCUGUGGUGACCGUUGUGGCGGACAGGUAACUAGUUUCCGGUCCUUCCCAUUUUCCCUGUUGUGGUUUUUGUUGGGGGGUGAACUUUUCCCCGGAAGUCGACAGCUGCAGAAGUUGCUCCUGUUCGCUCCUAGAUUCAACAGUCCGUCAACUUUAAACCAGACCGGCAGACCCAGACUGAACCGGCGGGAUGGAGACCGACACGGCUUCACCGCAUGCAGUUGGAGAACUCGGGAACGUUCGAAUCAAAACAGAACCAGAUGGAGACGUGGAGAUCCGGUCAUAUCCCGUCCUGAAGAAGCUGUCUGUCAAACUGACCGACUGCAGGGUGUGGCUGGAGGGGCGGGACUUCCUGUCUCUGGCAGCCGAUCACCCUCAGCUCACUACCCAGAGACCGAGGCUGCGGCCGACCAACACGGGCAGGAAAAUGGUCUACUGCUCUGAGUGUAAGAAGGGCUUCUAUAAGCGGUCUCACCUGGAGGCUCACCUGAGGAUCCACCGAGGACUGAAACCCAACGAGUGCUGGCAGUGCGGGAAGACCUACCCAACCCUGAUGAGCCUCGUCAUCCACCAGCAGAUCCAUGACCGCAAGGAGCCCUACCGCUGCACCUACUGCGACAAGACCUUCGCCCUGAAGAGAGACUGGAAGACCCACCACCGGACUCACUCCGGGACUAAACCCUUCAAGUGCUGGUUCUGUGGAGACGGCUUCAACGAGCAGGACGAGCUCACCAAGCACCUGGAGCUGCACAAAGGCGAGAAGUGCUACCACUGCAAAGUCUGCAACAAGAUGUUCGUCUCCUACCAGGGCUUCAACUUCCACCGCAAGUCCCACAAGAACCAGAAGUUGCUGCCAUGCCCCAAGUGCAUGAAGACAUUCAGCAACCCUCAGAGUCUGAAGCUGCACCAGGUGACUCACUCCAACAGGAAGCCGCACAAAUGCCCCACCUGCGGAAAAGGAUUCAAGCUACAGAGCGGUCUGCACUGCCACCAGAGGACCCACGAGGACCUGAAGGCCUACCACUGCACUGAGUGCGGCAAGUGCUUCUCCAGCCUGCAGGGCCUGAAACUGCACAACCGCACCCACACCGGCCUGAAGCCCUACAAGUGCACCGAGUGCGGGAAGAGGUUCACCCAGUCCCCCCACCUCAAGUCCCACAUGGUCACCCACACCGGAGAGCGGCCCUUCCUCUGCACCACCUGCGGCAAGAGGUUCACCCAGUCGUCCCACCUGAGGUCCCACAUCACGCUGUUCCACGUGGGCGAGAAGCCGUUCACCUGCGAUGACUGCGGGAAGAGCUUCACCAUCGCCCACUACCUGAAGAUGCACCGGCUGAGCCACACCAAGGAGAAGCUGUACCAGUGCUCGUACUGCGAGAAGUCCUUCUCCUACCACAACUCAUGGAGGGCCCACGAGAGGAUCCACACCGGCGAACGUCCGUUCAGCUGCCGGGACUGCGGCCAAAGCUUCAUCACGUCGGGCUCGCUGCUGAGCCACCAGAGAUCCAAACACACUGGGGAGAAGAGCCACUACUGCAUCACCUGUGGAGAGUUCUUCUUCACCAGUUCGCUGCUGCGUGUCCACCAGCUCGACCACACUGGAGAGCGGCCACACGCCUGCAGCUGCGGCAAGACCUUCAAAACCAAAGGAGUGCUGCGCUACCACCUGAAGAGGUUCACCGACCACGGGCCGGCCGAGUGAACACAUGCCAGAAAACACAGACUGGGUCCCUGAAAACUGGUUUACUGAUUGAAUCGGGGGGGUGGGGGUCAGGUGUCAAACAACAGGAAGUUGGUUAUUGUAGUUUGUCAGCAGGUGGAGCUGAAUCAGUGAAGAUACUUUAAAACCCUCAGUGUCGAGUCAGGCCUGUACAGACCUGAACCACAUGUUGAUCUAGUUCAGUGUCUGUAAACUCUCAGCAGAGUGAUGAUGCUGCUGUCUGCAGGUUUCUCUCUCCAAAGCUGCUUUUACAGAUCUGUCGUCGGCUGAGAUGUUUUUAAAAACUGUUCAAACAUGAAGAGACUGAAGCAGCUGACUGAUGGUUUUAUUCUGUCAGUUAACUUUACCUUUGUUUUUUUACAGAUCAUGAAAUAACUGCUUUAAAUCCUCUCAGCUGCUCUGAUUGCUCCGUCAGCUCGACUCAACAAAUCUGUGAGAAGAACAAACUCUAAGACACCAUGACUGAACCUCAUGAAUGAACUGAUCAGGUCCUCACAGAGACAGACAGACAGACCGACAGACGUGUGUGUGGAGGGUCACGGAUGUUAAAACUAAAAUGUACGAAGAACUGAUGCAGGUUUCUUUUUAAUCCAUGUUUGUAGUUUGAAAAGGUCAGAGGUCAGAUUGACAGAAUCUGACGUGUUCAGUUCAGGAGAUUUGAUCAUGAAAUAUGAAGAAACUCUAAACUCAGUAUUUGAUGAACUUACCAGAGCCGAGUCUGUCACAGGUCACAUGACCUGGACAGAACCUGAUGACUCAAUAAAACAAGAAAAACAGACUUGGACUUCAACACUAACAACUCGUGACGUUUAUGUCUCUGACUGUAAAUGAUUUGAUCUCAUCUUCAAUGUUUCAGCCAAUCAGGAGGCGGAGCAGCAGGUAAAGGUGUGUCCACAGAGAGACCAGUAGUGACUUGGAUAGGAUUUGAAACACUAAGUUUAGGACCUGGUCUUGACCUGGGACUUGUCUGUCUGGACUGUGGACUGGGGACCUGGGAGCAGAACAGAAAUGGAGCAGUGACCUCACUUCCUUCAUGUUCUCUUUCACAAUAAAAGUAGAAAACUACAGAA